AUGGAAGACAUAUCAUCUGAUAAUGUUUAUAAUAGAAUAAAAUGGGAUUUAAAAUACAAGUAUCUAGCACAUUUACCUGAAUAUUUACAAAACAAGUUAGAAACAAGUGGCAUAUCUGAAAAGGACACCGAUAAAAUAGAAGAGGAAAAAACAUAUGAUAAACAAAUAGAUGAAAAUAUAAAUAAAGAUGAUACUUGGGAGCUAGUAACAAUGCUUGGGGGUCAUAGUGGAUGGAUCAGAACUGUUAAAGUUGAUCCUGUAUAUGGUCAAUGGAUAGCUAGUGGGAGUGCAGAUGCAAGUAUUAAGAUUUGGAGUUUACUUCCAAAUGAUGAGGGUCAUCAUUUGAAAACUACCUUAAAUGGGCAUACGAUGUCAGUACGUGACAUAGCUAUAAGUGAUAGACAUCCAUAUAUGUUUUCUUGCAGUGAAGAUAAAACUGUUAAAUGCUGGGAUUUAGAACAUAAAUCUAUUAUUAGGGAUUAUCACGGACAUUUAUCUGGGGUUUAUACUGUUUGUAUUCACCCAACUCUAGAUCUAAUUAUGACCGCAGGCCGUGACUCAGUUGUUAGAGUAUGGGAUAUAAGGACGAAGCGCAGUGUUAUGACGCUAACUGGGCAUAAAAAUUCAAUAAACAAGGUGCUUAGCUCACCGGUUGAUCCACAAGUUAUAAGUUGCUCAAACGACAACACUAUAAAAUUAUGGGAUUUAGUUAGUGGCGGAAAGCAAUAUAAAACAUUGACUGUACAUAGUAAAUCUGUACGGGACAUUUGUUUAAAUCCAAGUGAGUUUUCCUUUGCUUCAUGCUCCACCAAUCAAGUAUUUUCAUGGAAAUUACCAGAGGGGUUAUUAUUGUCGAAUUUUAGCAAAAACAGAGACAUAGGACUUGUAAAUACAUUAAGUUGUUCUUACGAUGGAACGCUUUUUGGUGGAUGUGAUAAUGGUGAAAUGUUAUUUUAUGAUUAUAAAUCUGGAAAAUUAAAGACAAGCUUUUAUGGUGAAAAGGUUAAAGGGAUUUUAAGUGGAGAAACAGGUAUUUUAAGUAGUACUUUUAAUAAAAAGGGAGAUAUUUUAAUAACAGGAGAAAUGGAUAAAUUUGUUAAAAUAUGGUCGAAAAACAAAUCUUGA